GGAACAAACACGAACGCCGCGUUGAAUCCCUAAUCUUGUCGAGCUGGAGCGUCUCCUACACCGCCGCCCGCCUCGACGACACCCUCCGCCCCGGCUGGCCGUGGGUUCCGAGUCGUGGCCCUCCGCCUGCUUCGACCGUCGGAGGGGCGGCCCGAACGCCGCAAUCCUUUAGUCCUCUGAGAGGAGCGCACCGAGUCGGCAUCCAUCUCCCGCUCAGUCAGCGCCGAUCUCGUCUCCCAUUCUUUUUUUUCCCCAGUUUUCAUCUUUCACGUGGUUUAAAUCUGAAAAAUGCUUCCUUUCUUCAUCCCUUGUUGCUGAUUUCUUAUAGUCGUGUGCGUUCAUUGUCAUUAUGUGCUUGAUCUCUUCGUUCUACUUGAAUGUAGAUGCUUGGAAUGGGAUAUGGGGAUACAAAUCGGGAGCUUUUAUCCAGAUUGUAGUGUGGAGAAGGUUUGACUAAUUAAUGCAUGUUUGUUUGGAGAAGAAAUCGUAUCUCAACUAAUCCGUUCCUUUCAUUGGGGAACUUCUCUCCGAUGAUUUCAUGAUCUUAGUGCUUGCUUGGUGCAUGUUUUCUUUCUCUUGGUUGAUCGUUUCGUUCGCAUGCUUCAUAGGCCAAGCCUUUUUUUUUAUGAACAUUGAUUAGCGUUGACCUCGGGUAUGGAUACAUAGCUUCUGGCUAGAAUUAUAUCUUUGAUUGAACUUUUUAGACUAAUGAUCAACAUAAACCUUAUACUUGUGAAUAUGAAAGUGACAAGAUUACUUUGUUACCAUUUCUUUUGCCAAUUGCACCUCUAAUUGUUCACUAAAACCUAUAUUCAACUAUAUAGGUGAUUGUCACUUGCUUACUAAUUAGUUAUAACUUCUUAUUCUUCAGAUGAUAUUUUUAUGUGUUUCAUAAUUGUUUCCCUACAACUGUAAGAUAUAUUUUUUUGCCUUUUUUGUUCACAGUACUACCGGGUGACCCACUUGCUUGACCAGUGAAUAAGUGACCCUAGGUUUGUCUGGGUAGAUGGCUACUAUGGUGCUUCCAACUCUGCUUAUUUGAUUACAUGUUAAAUUUUUGAAGUUAUCCACAGAUUUAAUUUCUUGAAAAGAAUUUAAAUAAUUAUUUUGCCAUUAUGUCCGUAGGUAUAGGUUAUUAGACAGCUCCUUGCUUCUCUACUUUUCAUUGGGACACAUUACCAGAUAGAGGAGGAAAAAUUCCUUCAAAUGGUGCUGGUGAAGAACUUCUUAUCAUCCAUCGCACCUUUAGUUUUAAUCUCAGAAGCCUACCCAUUAUCCAAGAAAUUGGUGACUUUUUUUCUCGCAUCAUCUCCCAGCCACCCGAUCUUGUGGAACAUCAGAGUGAUCUUUGCACGGUGUCUGUGUAGGGCUUCUGUGCAAUCACCUUCUCUAGUUGAUGACCAAAGCCCUGCACUGACUAUCGAGGAACCAUACAAGAUUAGUGUUAGAGAGUGGCUCUCGAAAGACAACAAGCAUGAUGAUUAUAAGGACAAUAAUGAACCACCUGCUGUUUUCAAUGUGUUGGAUACGGUACUUGUCCAUACCAUGGAGCGAAUGAAGAAGUUAAGGGAAAGCAUUACAAUUGUUGGAAGAUGUAGUUUGUUAGAAGGCAUUGCCAACGUGGUGUGUUCUGUGGAUAGUCGCAGAGCUGAUAAUAGUGACUUUGUAUUGAUUAGGGUAUUGUGCACUGAAGGAAAAGUUUUAGCUGCUUUUCAGCUUCAUAAUGAAUUAUAUAGGAGCAGUGUUGCCCUAGAUCUGCAUACAUACAAUUUCCUCGUAAAUGGACUUUGUAAGAUAGGUAGCUUGUCUGAGGCUACUUGGCUUCUUGAAGUUAUGAACAAUAUGUGUGCAUUCCCAAAUCAUGUGACAUACAAUACUCUAGUGGAUGGUUAUUGCCGUUGGGGUAGUGUGGACAGAGCUCUAAGUCUUGUUUCUUCCAUGGCAGAAAGUGGAGUUAGACCCAAUGUAGUUACUUGUAAUAUACUUGUUCAUGCCUUUUGCAGUAGAGGCCUCCUGGAGAAUGCAAAGAAACUUCUUGCAGAUAUAUUGAAUGAGCAUGAGUCUGCAAAUUUAGUUACGUCAACAAUACUCAUGGAUGGAUUCUUCGAAAAAGGCGAUGCAGACCAGGCAAUUAACAUGUGGAAUGAAAUGUUGAAGAGAGGUAUCGAAGUUGAUCGAAUUGCAUAUAAUGUUCUAGUUAAUGGAUUUUGCUUGAUGCACAAUACAAAACUUGCUCAAAGAUAUUUUUCUGAGAUGUUCAAGAAGGGCUUUUUACCAGAUGUAGUGACUUUUAAUAGUCUUAUAAAUGGCCUAUCUAAAAAUGGGAAUAUGGAUGAGGCUUGUGAUAUGUACGAUAAGAUGUCUUUGUCUGGUCUUCUUGCUGACCAAAUCUCAUACAACCUGAUUAUUCGGGGUCUUUGCCAACAGGGUGACAUCUCAAAAGCUGUAGAGUUUUUGCAUAAGAUGUUAAGUCAUUCCAUAGUCCCUGAGCCUCGUAUCUGGAAUCUUAUCAUGAAUGGUUAUGGAAGGGUUGGUGAUACUAAUAGUGCUUAUUCAAUAAGAAAUAUGAUGACAGCAACAGGUGUUGUUCCAAAUACCUUCACAUUUAAUGCACUGAUUCAUGCUGAAGUAAAGGGAGGAAAAAUUGUGCAUGCUUUAAUGCUGAAGCAGGAGUUGCUCGAUUCUGGGCUUUUUCCUGAUGUUGUUACUUAUAAUUUGUUGAUUAGUGGUGCAUGUAGGAUUGGCCACACUUUUUUCGCUAGAGAGAUGCUCCUGGAAAUGCUAAAUAGAGGAUAUCAACCUGAUAUAAUCACUUACACAGAAUUGAUUAGAUGCCUUUGUUUAAAAGGGAAAUGGCAGCAAGCUCAAGAAAUUCUCAACAAGGUGCAGGAAUCUGGCUUGGGCAUUGAUCAUGUGCCAUUUCACAUUCUUAUUAAACUGUACUCCAAGAUGGGAAAAGUAAUGGAAGCACUUGAGCUGUAUGAGGAAAUGACUACAAAGGGUAUUUUGGGCCGCUAUUCUAUGUAUAAUUCCCUGUUUAUUGCACUUAGAAAGAAAGGAUAUCUCUUGGAAGCAAGUCAAGUAUAUAAGCAGAUGGAUAAUCUUUUGCAAUGCAGAAGAAAAGAAGAUGGUUGAAUCUUAAAAAAACACUGAUUGUGCGAGUUAUUCUCUCCAUAAGAGGGGCAUACUAUUGGCUGUUACAGCUAUGGAGAAGCAGCUCAUCUGUCUCUUGCCUUCUGAUAUGGUUAUCUGGAGCCAUCAUCUGGUCAAUGAAAUAUGUUCCCAGAAAGUUCAUCAACAGAAAUAAUCUCAGCAACAAUUUUGGUCUCCUAUGGGCCAAAAUGCUAGAUGUUCUUUCAUUUGCAAAGAUUGAUUGGCAAUUGAUAAGAAUUAAUUACAGCUGAAAAGCGACAGAAGCUAUGUGGAGCUGCUAUCUGAAGAUGCCUCUGAAUUCUGAAGCUUGGGAAACCCAGAAGAGAAUGCUUUUAGAAGUUCAUUAAUCUUUGUUAAGCGGUUGAUGGUUUUGCUGGGAAUCGAAAAGCUCCGCUAUAAGACAAUAUAGAGCCUGUGUGGGAGAUGUCCAAUGGUGAUCAACAUUACAAGACUUGCCAUCAUGGUACUUUUCUCAGUAGUUUUUGCUAUUUACAAUGCAUGUAUUCUCAGCAAAUGACACAGCAAAUCAGGACAUUUUAAUUCUUCUCCAGUUUUUGUGGUGCUGCAAUUAGUUGUGGCCAUUCAGACAAAGAUUUUGUCAAUUUUUGAGAUGCAGCAGCACAAGGAAGCUGGUGACUUGUAUCUACAAUACCCAUGACACAUGCUUUGGACAUGUUUAUUACAUGAGGUUGCUUACAGUUAAGGCUUCAUCUGCAUGUUAGCAGUUUGAUCCUUCUUUUUCAGAUCUCUCUUUGUGCCUUCAAUUGUCCCAAUAAAUCUGAUUGAAUGGGCUGCUUUGGAGUAAGAGUGGAGGUAUUACAAGAAUACUGAAUAACUGGUGAGUUGCAAGACAUGUAAUGGUAGGUUGAUUUUCUUAGAAAAUGUUCUUAUUUUAUAUAAUGGUAGGCUGAUUUAUAAUGAUUUUUAAUAGCAUUUACAUUGUUUUAUUGAUGUAUUAAAAAAAUAUUGAAAAAUACUAUAAGUGAUAUCGUAUUAUGUUUCUUUAGUUAUUA